AUGAAAUACCCCGGCGGCUGCUACUGCCGCGCGAUCCGAUACGAGAUCUCGCUCGACGACCCAGACGACGCGCGCACCAGUCUCUGCCACUGUGGGAACUGCAAGAAAUUCACAGGCGGACCCUUCGGCAUCACGACCAAGAUCCCCAAGGCCAGCUACACGGUGACGGAGGGCCAGGACAGCGUCAAGGCGCACGAGGCCGAUAACGGGGCCGGAACGCUGCUCCAUCGCGAGUUCUGUCGCGAGUGUGGGAGUGGCUUGUUGGAAUAUGGCGCCAAUGCCGGCGACUUCAUCUAUAUCUUCUACGGUACGUUGGACCGCCCCACGGAUUUGCCGCCGAAGGGGGAGUUCUUCUGCAGUAGGCGGGAUGAUUGGAUGCCGGAGGUCCCUGGGAUUUUCCAUAAGCAGAAGAUCAAGGAGUAA